AUGGUCGUUGUGGACGAUCUGCCCAGCUGGAAAGUACAUAAAGCAUGGCGUGAGCAAUUUGCCGAAGAGAAGGAGCAAAGAGCUAUUACCGUUAUUCAACUUUGUAUCGACAUGACCGGCUACAAUUAUAAUUUUGAUGUUACGGAUCUCAAACUCCUUAUCGAAAACGACAAUGAAUCUAUGUCGGACAAAAUAUCACAAGCGCCUUUGCAGGUUCGAGAUUUUUUUGAGGACGGCAAAUUCAUGACCAAUCUUCAAGAAUUCUUUCAACAUAUCAUCGUGCAGCAUUGGAAAGAACUGUUAAACGACAACAAGUGGUUCAACAUAAGCGUAAAAUUCAUUAUGCUGCUAUGUGCCAGUACGCAUGACGAAUAUUCCAUAGUUGGCUCAUUAAUUGGCACUAUAUUGGUGCAGAAUCUGUGCGCAGCUAGAGCUAAUUUACUGAACGAUAUAGAACGGGCUUACUAUAUGCGUGAUGCUCAGCGGAAAAAUAUGUUGGGCAAGAAGCAACAUUACAUUGAUCAAAUUUGUCUAACACUAUUUCCCAGUGUUGAAAAAGGUUUCAAAUAUUCGAAACUAUCGCCAUUUCUGAUGGAACGCGUUUGCGAUAUGCUGACAUCCUAUCCAAACAUAAUGGUCAUUUCGUACAACAAGCUUGAACUUUUAACAGCCGGGCUGCAAUGGAAGAACAGAAAAAAUAUUCAGAUGGCUUUGACAUGCCUUCAACACUUAGCUGAUGAAUCGUUUAGCAGUGAAACAGUCCGAGAAGUAGGGUUAUACAUCCUAAAAUCCGAUGUAUUGCUAAUGCAAAUCGUCAACACUUUCAAACAGUUUGAAUUGUGUGUUUUGCAACUUUUUCUUCAAGCACAUGGCCUUAUCGGAAGCAUGCCGUUUUGCGCAGAAACUGCGGAUUUGAUUGUUCGGUUAAUGUUCAGUAGCAAUGAAAAUGUGCUAAACGCCGCAAUUGAUCUGCAUGUGCUCUAUUACACCGCAAUUUGCCCUCCAGCCGAUGUAGAACAACAAGCUCUGUUAGCCUUGCUGGAUACAUUUUCUCGUUAUGCUUAUACUCUCUCGUCAUUUGAAACGGUAGUCAACAAACUUUGGCUAAAGGGAUUCUUCCGUAGGUUCGAUCGAUUGUUUGACUUGUUGUUGAAUACGAUAAACAGUGACGAAAAUGGAUUUAUCCUUAGCUCCAUCGUACAAACGAUAAAUUUUUGCCAUCAAAUACUGAUGGAGGACAUAAAAACAAAGAUUUUGCCUUCAUCACGGCCAUCGAAAUCCGUAAGCUGGGGUUGUAUUAAAAAAAGAAUUCAAAGUUUUGUGAAAGGGUACCCAAAGUGUCUUGCAAAAGUUUCCCGACAUCCGGAUCUCUAUAACUUGAUGCUAAACUGUUUGAAUCCAUUGUAUAAUGAACUAUACAGCGUAGCUGGUGUUAAUUGCGAAGCGUACUAUGUCGAUGUUUUGUACAAUACCCUUUCAAAAGUGGCUUUACAUGGAAAGACCUACUCCAUACUCUUCCAUACCUUAACGGCUAUCUAUAGUUUCGACUCAAUCGUACACGUUUCUGAAGAUAUUUGGAAUGAGCUAACGGAAACGUAUUAUACGUUCUUUUUCCACACACGUAGUCGUUUGAGGCGUUACAAUCUCGGUAUUGACAAGAAAUUGAAGGAAUCUUACACCACCGCGAUCACGCGGUUGUGCGUCCUUAUCGAAAUUAACAACACCUCAGAGAAUGUCUGCAUACUCGUCGAAUAUCUGGCAAAUGAUUUGAUGCUGUUGGAAAAAAUGAAAUUACUUGAUGAAUCCAUUGCAAUAUUUUAUCGUCUUUACAAAAAUACACUGUAUGGUGUUGUAAAGUAUUGCUUGCAGGAUCCGUCAAAGGAUUGCCCGGUAGUAAAAAGUCAAUUGUUUGCUAAACGAUUCCAGACCUUAAUGUGCAAAUUGAUUGAAAGGCUGGAUUGCGAUGAAGAUGAGUUUGAUGUCGCUAUGCACAUUGCAAAUACUGUUUGUAAUAUGCUUGUGUUAACACAGCAACAUGAUGGGACUUUGCUUAUAGAGACUAUUCCACACAUGGAAACCACAUCAUUACAUGAUGUGCUACAAAAAUUGACUAAAUAUGUAGAGCGACAUGUAUUUUCCAAAAGCAUUGACGCAGAUGAUAACAACUAUUUACUGUCAAGAAGACUGACUCUCGCAACUUACAACGAACUAUAUCGCUUACAUGCUUCAUUACCUAAAAGGACAGAUACUUGGAUGAUUUUGAAGCAUUAUGUAGAAAACACACUAUUUGCAAAAGAGUUGGAACAAUUAUUAGAUAUUGUAUUUACAAAAGAUCGAUGUGAGUUUUACAACAUCACAGCAACUAUAAUUAUGGAGUAUUGUAAAAACAAAAUAUAUUCCAAUAAUGUAAAGAAUUUUUUUACCAAGAUACACAGUUUCAAAUCUAAACAAUUACCAGAAGUUGAUGAAGAGGAUUACCUGUUCAACAUUAUUCAAUGUAUCGUAGACAGGAUACUCGAACAAAUUGAUGAAUCAAAUGUUGUUUUGGCAAAUAAAUUUGGAAAAAUUUUCACUAUCAUGAAACCUUGGGUUAUCCGACUGUCCAGGGAAAACCUUAAAGCGCUAAAUCGAUUUAUACGUCUCCACCCAAAUAUAUCCUCAUCUAUGGAGGAUGAUCAGCCAACCUUUGUAACACAAUUGAAAGGAUUUCAAAAAUUUCUUAAAAACUCUUAA